AUGGGUGAGCGACCGCGUCUAACACACGGAGAGUACACCAUUGGGUGGGUUUGUGCUCUAUCAAUUGAGCGAACAGCGGCGAUAUACAUGCUCGACGACAGGCAUAAAGAUCUCCCCAACUCAGCAAAUGAUCACAAUGCAUACAAUCUUGGAAGAAUCGGUAAACAUAAUGUCGUUAUCGCAGGCUUGCCCAAAGGCAGGGCUGAUAACAAUAACGCAGCAACAGUUGCAGCUCAAAUGUUAUCUACUUUUCCCAAGAUUAGGCUGACGUUGAUGGUCGGAGUUGGGGGUGGCAUUCCGGACAAGACUCGACUCGGAGAUGUGGUUAUCUGUUCUCCAACUGAUACAAAUGGGGGCGUUAUCCAGUGGGAUAAGGGCAAGGAAGAAUACAAUGGCUUUAAAAGACAAGGGUGUCUAACUGGCCCACCGACAGCUGGGCUUACAGCUUUAUCAAGCUUCGAAGCUGACCCAGACACUUCGCCAACAAUGCGCAGUCAUCUAAAUGGCAUUGACAAAGGAUUUUUGAAGCUAGAAGCUCUCGAAGAUAUUCUAUUUGAAUCGGAUUACAACCAUGUGAGCGAUGCAAAAGAUUGCAGUGGCUGCGACAAGGAAAGGAUGAUUAAAAGAGAGCCCAGGAGUAUCUAUCCAACGGUCCACUAUGGUUUAAUCGCAUCAGGAAACAAAAAAGUCAAAGAUUCCAGGCGUCGAGACCAACUCUAUAAGGAAUAUAACAAAAACCUCUUUUGCAUAGAGAUGGAGGCUGCAGGGCUAAUGAAUGAUUUUCCCUGCGUUGUCAUCCGAGGGAUCUGUGACUACGCAGACUCACAUGCGAACGAUAAGUGGCAAAACUAUGCUGCAGCUGUUGCAGCAGCAUGCGCAAAGACAUAUUUGGGAGUUGUCCCCGAGUAUGAAAUUCACAGACUUCAGCCAGCGCCAGCUUCAAUUACUUCCGGUAUUAUUCAAAAUUCGAGAGAAUAUGCGGCCAGUUCCUCUCCACCUGUAUUAGCGCCUAAAAUCUUCGGGAACGCAGAGGUAGUCGAGCCAGAAGCUAUCAAAUCAAGAGAUGCAGACUAUUAUUCAGAUCUUCCAAGCGAGUUUUAUUCUAGUUCUCCUCCGAUUACACCCGAUAAGCCCAAAUUGAAGCAUUCAGACUGGACUUAUCUGGAAUCUGGAGAAGAAAUUCGCAAUAAAGAUCAGCUGUUUCAACAGUUCAUGGAAAUGUUGCUUCAACAUGGAGGGUCUUCUCUUGAAAUAUUGGCUCAAAAGCAGGGCAUUGAAGCUGCAUUAAAAACUCAACCAUUUACUCCCCAAGAUGGAAUAGAAUGCAAGGGGUAUGCAAAUGAUGACCGUGGCACUCGAUUCAACACUACCGACUUUGCUCCAACACAGCCGCUCUCAAAUGACGACGACUCUGGUCCAUCCCCCGGUAUCAAAAGGGGUCAGACUUUCCCUAUGGACGAGUAUUCCAGUACCAACCGUACGGUUUUGUUCGAUGCAAUUGUCGAAGGGAACAUCACCACUAUCAAAAGACUACUUCAGAAGGGCCUUGAUCUAGAGAUGAUUGACGAGUUUGGCCUUACACCUCUUUGGCGAGCAGUAAUAAGUGGCCAACAGCAUGUUAUUCAACUACUCAUUGAAAAGGGAGCAAGUAUUGAGGCGAAAAAUCAUCAUGGACAGAAUAUCUUGGGCUGGGCGGUGGCCAAAGACAGAAUCGAUCUUAUUGAAUUGCUGGGAUAUAAUUAA